ACCCCAUUUUCAACAGAGUAUGGCCUACUACUACCGCAAAUUGCUGUGCGAAAAGGCCUCUCGGUUGCUAGAGCAAAACCUCCAGAUCCCGCUGUCGGCGUUAAGUUUCUCCUUUCAAAAGGACAUCCGCGCUGCCGAACUGCACAUACCGCUGAAAUGUUUUGGGCAGAAACUCACGGAAGAAACGGUACAACGAAUUUCCUGCCUACAAGAGGACCGUGCUUGGAAACAUAUUUCACUUCACGCCAAAGCCGGAAAGUUGCAACUUUCGCUGCACCAAGAUAAACUCGUGGAAAAUGUUCUACGCGUACCGGAACAGCAGGACAGCACAACAAGUCCCAAAGGUUCGCAGACUAUAGUGGUGGAGUUCAGCUCGCCCAACAUUGCCAAGCCAUUUCACGCAGGCCAUUUACGGUCAACCAUCAUCGGGAACUUUAUCGCAAACGUGAACGAGUUUCUAGGACAGCGAGUGGUGCGGCUUAACUACCUUGGCGACUGGGGAACGCAGUUCGGUUACUUGGCCCUAGGCGUUCGGCUGAAAGGACUUUCACCUGUAGAAAUCCAACAGAAUCCCAUACUAUGCCUUUAUGAGGCGUACGUACAUGCUCAUGAUUGCGCGAGCAAUGAUCCAAAGAUACACGAAACUGCGAUGGACAUUUUUUCGCAAAUGGAAAAGGGAUCGAUGGAAGAGCUGCAGCAGUGGAAUGACUACAGAUCUUACACGGUGAAUGAACUUGAAGCGCUGUACCGCAGGCUCGGAGUCAGAUUUAGCACCUACGAGUGGGAGUCACAAUACGCAAUGGGCAAGAUUGCGGAGGUACUGGAAAUACUGAGAGAUAAAGGUGGAUUACAGGAACAAUCAGAUCAGCGAAAAGUAGUGCACCUAAGUAAAGGCCGGACGGUACCACUAGUCAAGAGCGACGGCACUGGAAUGUAUCUUUUAAGAGACAUUGCAGCUUUGUUGGAUCGCCAGAAAAGGUACGCAUUUCAGCGAUCACUAUACGUCGUCGAGAAUGGACAGAAUGAUCAUUUUUCUGCAUUGCGUGAAAUUGCGCACUCGAUACUCAAUUUGCCGUAUGCUCAGAGCAUCGAGCACAUAAAGUUUGGUCGGGUGCAUGGCAUGAGUACAAGGCAAGGAAAAGUGGUUUUCCUCAAGGAGAUUCUACACGAAGCGCAGCUGUUGGUACAAGAGAAACAGAUCGAAUCGCCAAACACCAAGAAAUCUGCAGUCGAUAACCCAGAGGUUUGGGAUAUACUCGGUACUAGCGCAGUCAUUAUCAACGAUCUGAAGCAACGUCGCAUGAAAGACUACGAUUUUGACUGGUCAAAAGUGCUUAGAAUGGAAGGUGAUUCUGGCAUCAAACUACAGUAUACACACUGCAGAUUGGCAAGUCUCUUGCGAUCGUCGCAAACCACUCACGACCUCGGAUGUACAGAAUGCGAUGGUCGAUUGUUAGUCGAACCGGAGGCUUGCGACCUGAUUUGCCAAAUCGCUAAUUUUGAACCUGUUUGUUCGCAAGCCCAAGAACUGAGCGAAGCCUGUAUCGUCGUAAACUAUCUGUUUCGUUUAUGCAAAUCUGUAAACCUGGCUCUAAAAACCCUGCCGAUAAAACACGAACAAAACGCUCAGAAACGGUUUCAGAGGAUCGUCUUAUUUUCGCGAGCACAAACCGUACUUCGAACCGGAAUGGAGUUGUUGGGGCUAAGACCAUUGGAAGAAAUGUAGCGCCUUUUAUCAUUUACACCGAGAAAGAAGAGCGGACUGAUCAUUGUUUAGUAUGUUGAAGUUUUUUCUG